AGGAUGGAGCCUCCCACAUGAAACUGGUGCCAGGAAAUUGUGGUUGCCUAGCAAGUUCCACAUCCACGGUGCAAAGUUUGUAGACGUGUUGGUCGGCUGGUGUUUGUGCUAACCACAAACUCACAGCAACUAAUUUUAAACACAUAUUUUUCGAGGUCCAGGUGGCAACAGAGACGGUGCAAGAUGUCCGUCGCUGGAUUUAAGAAGCAAUUUUACAAAGCAAGUCAGCUGGUGAGUGAGAAGGUUGGAGGUGCUGAGGGAACCAAACUCGAUGAAGACUUCAAGGACCUUGAGCGGAGAGCAGAUAUCACCAGCAAAGCAGUGGUGGAAAUCAUCAACAAAACAUCAGAGUACCUCCAGCCCAACCCAGCGACGAGAGCUAAGCUGACUAUGCUCAACACAGUGUCCAAAAUCCGUGGGCAGGUGAACAGUCCAGGCUACCCCCAGCCUGAGGGCCUCCUAGGGGAGUGCAUGACUAAGUACGGACGGGACAUGGGCGAGGACACUAACUUUGGAGGGGCUCUAACAGACAUAGGAGAGUCAAUGAAGAGGAUGGCCGAGGUCAAGGACUCUCUGGAUAUUGAUGUGAAGCAGAACUUUAUUGACCCACUGCAGGCAGUUGCUGACAAGGAUAUCAAAGACAUUCAGCACCACCUGAAGAAGCUGGAGGGCCGCCGUCUGGACUACGAUUAUAAAAAGAAACGUCAGGGUAAAAUCCAAGAUGAAGAGAUCCGACAGGCCCUGGAGAAGUUCCACGAGUCCAAAGAGCUGUCCGAGAGCUCCAUGCACAACCUCCUGGAAACAGAUGUGGAGCAGGUGAGUCAGUUGUCUUCUUUUGUGGAGUCUCUGCUGCAGUACCACAGACAGGCCUCGCAGAUCCUGGAGGAGCUUUCUGACAAACUGAGAGAAAGGGUGAAUGACGCUCAGUCCCAACCAAAGCGAGAAUACACACCCAAACCCAGACCAUCCUUUGACUUUGGAGACACACAGCACUCCAACGGGGCAUACUCACCAGCUGCUUCAAGCCCUCCAGCUUACUCUGCUGCCCCAGCACAUUAUCCAGGUCCAUCCUUCCAAAGAACCUCGAUCAGGAGCAGAUCGCGUGAGCCAUGCUGUAAAGCCCUGUAUGACUUUGAGCCAGAGAAUGAUGGUGAGCUGGGCUUCCACGAGGGUGACAUCAUCACCUUGGUCAAUCGAAUCGAUGAGAACUGGUUUGAGGGAUCACUUCAUGGCAAGUCGGGAUACUUCCCCAACAACUACGUUGAAGUGGUUGUGCCACUGUCACACUGAAAACAACAAGAGGCAAAGAGGGGAUCAGCAGGAUGGAGAGGAUGAAAAGGGGCAGGACAGAGGAUUAUCAGCCCUCAAUAAUCAAAAUAUAUCUCUUCUUUAUUGUAAUUAAAAGGUUAACAUCUCAAGACAGGGACAUAAUUUUUUGUAUCACAGAGCUAUUUGAGUAAAGAGGACAAGGUUGUUUUUUUAAAAUUCUGUCAAGAUUUAAUGGAUUUUAAAGAGAAAGGACAAAGAGAUGUUUAGUCAGAAAAAUCAUGGCGUAAUAUUUGGGUGCAUUUACCAUAGUCUGGGUCUUUAUAUCAUUCUCUAUGCACCUGUGCACUUUGUACACUACACCUCCAUUACCAGGACUGAUGUAGAAAGAAUGACAUGUGUAAUGACAUCCAAUCUGAUCCACAAACACUAAGAAGUGCACUACUUUCUUAUAUUCAUAACCUUUUUUUAUAUUCACAAUAUAUUAACACAUGAUAACACAUCCUUUCUAUGUAUUGUUCAUAUUGGUACUACAAACAUGCAUGCAUACACAUGCAUUCUUCUAAGCACUGUGUUUCUACACUCCCAGUUGUCACCCAGUUGCCUUCAGGCUCUAGUACUGUUGUAAUCAUGGACUCGUUGGAGUCAACAUGGAGGAGUGGCUGCUAUUUGUUGCUGCUCGAGACUAUCCUCCACUGCCAUCUGGUGGUACUGGAGAUCAUCCGUAGUUGUUGGUUUAAAUGACACUGUCGUGUACAUUCUGUUAUCGCUUACCAAAUCUAUGUUGGGUGGCUUGUCUUAAGUUAUAGUUUCAAUUUUUUUCAAUUACAUACAUAUAUAUACAGUACCAGACAAAAGUUUGGACACACUCUCUCAUUCAAGGGAUUGGGAAGGUGUGUCCAAACUUUUGAUUGGUGCUGUAUAUAUAAGCUGCAAAACUAACUGGAGCCAGUCAGCAGGUUACAUUGAGUGACAGCUGCAUUUAACUGUUCUUUCAUUCACACAUCAGUGUUGUUAAGUUGUCAAUUAUUUAAUUUGCCUACAGCUUUUACAGUGUUUAUUACUGCACUCCAGACUCUUGUCUCCAUAUAACUGAUGCCAAAGAAAGGUUUGAUAAAUUCCUACAUUGCAUGAGGCUGCAGUUUGUCAUUAAAUGGCAACAAUUCAUGCAGCUUCCUACUCACAACCAUGUAACAUGAUCUACCCCCACCACAAAUAUUUUACAGCAUAACACCAAAGCCAUAAGCACACAUGCUUCAGCUCCUCUAUUUUCUCAGGCUCUAUUGAUACUGCUGGCAGUGUCACAAUGUUUUGUGGGCUUUUACCCAACUGUUUUUCAGUGAAUUUUCAGUCUGUGAUUUGUUUUCCUCCAUAGUGCCGGGUAAGCUUGGCUUUAGUAUUUUAACCUGUAAUUAGGAGCAUGGAAAUUAAUCUGAUGUGUAUUGGGUGUUUUUGUACCUGCCUCGGUUUUCAGGCUGAAACUGUGCACCAGACCUGACAGAAAACGCUAUCCCACAACUAUUGUGUACAGAAUUUACUAAUAAUGAGGAAGGUCUGUACACAAUGGCUGGUUUCAGUUUCAAUUAAGCCUAUUACAAGCAGACUAUGAACUGUGAGGGUUUGCGCUGUUCACUUAAAAUGCCAACUUUCUCCUCUUGUCAUGAUCCCCUUGUUAGACCGCCUCCCCGCCCCACUCAACUCUCCCAUCUCUAUUUAAACUGGGAGCGGAACAGACAGGUCUUUUCAGCAAGGAAGGGCGCACAGCAGUGGAUUAUGCCCUCCCCCACUAGUCUUUAUUCACCACCUGCCCCAGUACCCCUACCCCCUUUCUCAUUAUCUGCCCCAUCCCAAUCCCAUGGUGCCUCUGGAGCUCAGUCUCCUGCGCCAUCCCUUGAAUAAUCUCCUCAUUGUUAUCAUAGUAUGUGCCUUUUUAAUGUUAUGUUUGCAUGUCUCCUAUGCUAUUCAUUUUAUGUAUAGGGCCAGGGGGUUCGGCUGUGUGGAGUAAUAACUGCGUGGUUCAGGUGUGGGUUUACAUGCCUCAUUACACUAAAUCAAAAGCCCAGAGUUAGAGAGGGGGGAGGAAGGUCGGGGGCUCAGGUUGAGCUAUUAUACAGCUUGUAUAAUAUUGAUGAUGAAUAAUGUCGUGGAAAAAAGGGCAAAGAUCAAUUUUUGUGUGCUGCUAGUGUCACAGCUGAAAUAGUUGUCUGAAUUCUGCGGUUGACAUUUAUAGCAACACUAAAUUCUGUGAUGGCUGGUAUUGCAUAGAUACCCUUAAGAGUGGCAACUUUGCAAUAUUGAUGAAGUAUUAUCGGACCAUAAAGCUUUAUUUUAUUAUGUAUACUCAAUGUAAUUUUCUGUGUUUAAAAUGUAACUUCUUUGCAUGUAUCUUUAUUGUAGCCUCUGUCUUAUGCAAUGCCUCAUUUUUGUAACUGUGACUGUGGGGAGACUAAAAGUGGGAUUAUCCUGGAUUAUCUUUAGGAUAUAUGGAUUACCUCUUUACUAAGUGUAAUCUUCUGUGUAUUGUAUAUUUUUGUUACUGUAGGGGGAAUGGAUGCUCAUUGUUCAUUCGCUUCUUCAAAUAAAUAUUAAAUAAUUUGA